AUGCCCACACACACCUCCACCAAUAGAUACAUACCCUAUAGUCGUUAUAAAGGAAAAACUUACAUAUAUGUUGAAGGAGAAGAAACAGAUGAUUAUGUACGUGAUAUAUCUUCUUCUGAUGUCACCACUUCAUCAUCAGAAAGUGAAUAUGACGAACUGGAUAUUAACGAUAUAUAUCCAUAUAAAUCUCCAAAAUAUAAAACUUUAAUUGAAGUGGUACUAAAACCAAGUAACAAAACAACAUAUGAUGAUACAUCUAUGUACCAAAAUGAUAGUAGUAAUAAACUUACAAAUGAAGAGUGGAAUGAACUAAAAGAGGAUUUUAUAUCGCAAUAUUUACAAAAUAUACCAAAGGAUUUACCUAAUGAAAAUAUCAUUGAUGAUAAGAUCUAUAUGGAUACACAACCUAAUAUUGUUGAUAGUAGUAUGGAAGAAAAACCUUUUAUUACAUCUAUUCAAGAUAGAUAUUUACAUGGUGAUAGCGAAAUUAUAUAUAAUAUUAAUUGGAAUGUUCCGGAAAAUAUCACAACAAAUACUGCGACAUAUAAUAGUUUAUAUAGUGGUAUAGAUCUAAUUAAUGAUUCUUUAAAUAGUGGUAAUGAUAUUGAUAUAUAUGAUGAGUUGUUAAAACGAAAAGAAAAUGAAUUAUAUGGAACAAAAUAUACGAAAAAAACAAAUUCCAAUAUUUUUGCAAAACCAAUAAGUGGUGAUCCGAUACUGAACCAACUGGAUUUAUAUGAUAAAUGGUUAGAGAGAAAUAAAGAUAUGUACAACCAAUGGAAUAAUAGUGAUACGUUGAACCAGUGGAAAAACAAACCGGAUAAUAUACCUGUGGAAAACGUCCACACUACACACAACUUGUUGAAUACCAACCUUUCUAUAGAAAUAAGUAGUGAUAUGACCCCUAGAUCUAAUAUGGAUAUGAGUGGUACUAAUAGAUAUACUUAUUUUGAUGAUAUGGAUUCGUUCGAAAAUAAUAGUGAUGAAAAUUUAUGA